AUGGACAUUUUAAGUGUAUAUGUCUGGCCUAACAUGCAGGCAGUUAUGGUCGGCACAUUUGUAUUGCUGCUGGUGAUGGCAUAUGCACGGGGAAGGAAGUACAAUCUGCCACCAGGUCCUCCACAGCUACCAAUACUGGGGAAUUACUUUGCUUUUACGAAAGACCAAAGGUUGUUCACGGUUUUUGAGGAAAUGACCAAGAAAUAUGGAGACAUAUUCACGGUAAACUUGGGUUUCGGACAUAACUCAAUUGUGGUAAGCUCAGACCAUUUGGUGGAUGAAAUGUUGGUAGAAAAGUCAGAGGAAUUUGCCGGCAGGGACACAUCUCUUUGGUCGGCUUACCUGCUUUCCGAUGGUCACAAGGACAUCGCGUUUGCUGAUUACUGUCCUAUGUGGGCAUUACAGAGAAACAUGGCGGUCAAAGGUCUCAGGUCAUACCUCUUAAGCGGAAAGUUAAAUUGUCUGGCGAAAUCCGCUUUCGAAGAGGUUGCCCCUUUGUUGGCGAAACAGACUGAGCCUGUAGACGUGGAUUUGUACACCACUUUACUGAUAUAUAAUAUCAUCUGUACGGUUGCCUUUGGUAAGAGCUAUAAAUUCGACGAUCCAGAGUUUCUGUGGCUGAAAGAGAAACUGGCAGAAAUUAUGACCGUUUUAUUUGGAAGUCGCCUGCCUGCUGACAUAUUACCUUUUCUUAAGCACGUCCCUAUUCCGUCAACCCGCAGAGCAAAAGAAAUUCGCAAUGAGAUGAUUGAUUUUCAAAGGCGAAUGUUAAAGGAGCACGAAGCCAGUCUAAAUCCAGAAAAUGUUAGGGACCUCACCGACCAACUGCUGUUAGCGCGCCAGGACCAUGGCACAACCAACGACGGAGACGUUAAGAAAGUUUUGACAGAUGAUUGCAUUAUUCAAAUAGUGUUGGAUACUUUUAUUGGUGGAGUAAUCGCAUCGAGAGAAACGUUCAAAUGGCUUUUGUUGUACGUAGCUGACAAACCAGACGUGCAAGAAAAGAUGCAUCUGGAAAUUAUGGACGUUUUUGACGUGGACGACCUCAAUCAAAGCAAAGCCAAGAUGAAAUAUUGCGAGGCGGUUUUUAAAGAGACCCUUAGAAUUCGGCCGGCUACACCAUGCACACUGGCGCAUAAGGCACUGCGAGACACUACACUUGGCGGCUACGAUAUUCCAAAGGGCACAGUGGUUUAUCCAAAUCUCUGGGUGAUUCAUCGAGAUCCAAGAAAUUGGGAGUCACCAGAAGAAUUCAAACCAGAAAGAUUUCUUACGAAAGAUGGCGCAUUGGAGAAAAUUGACCCUAAAAUAUGGCGGCCAUUUUCUGCAGGGAAACGGAAGUGUAUGGGCGAAGCUAUUGCUAGGUCGAACUUGAUGAUAGCCAUAGCCAUGUUUUUCCGUCAGUUUAAAGUAGCCGUUCCGCCAGGACAGAAACUGGACCUUGACCCGGACAUGUACCAAAUCCAUUGCGUGUCAAAGCCUCAGAAAAUUGCCAUCAACUCGUGGUAGACACAUGGCCAACUUUGAAUCCCACGCGGUAAAGUGCACGUUUCCGCACAUAUUUACCAUUUGUGUAUUG